AGUGAGAGCCCAUCGACUAUAAAAGCAUCCAGUCCGGCGGCUUUGCUCUUCACAUUCUCAGGAUGAAGAGGCUGACGCGUCGUGUCAGAAUAGGCUGAUGCAUUUUAAUAUCCCCCUUCUUUAUUUKUAUUUUUAUUUAUUUUAAUUUUUUAAAUUAUGGAUAGCUUAAGUUUCCAUUUGGAGCACCGAUAACAUGUGAACGGAGAGUUUUUUGGGAAACCAGGAGGAGGAAGAUGGGKAUUUUUUGUCUCCACACCUGUGCGCUCUCAGUGCGGAGGUUACUCUAACACAGGAGGAGAAGCUGGAGACCUUUCUUAAAAAAAAAGAAAAAAAAAAGUGAGCCGAUAUUUCUCUGCACAAGCAUGCAGAGCAACAGCAGCUCCCCUGGACCCCCCACCGGGCUGAGUGACUGCGGGGGGCAGGAGGAGGAGAUAUCCGAGCUGGUCAGCCCGACAGGAGCAGGCUCCAACCUGCCGAUGUUUAACCUUUCCCUCAACUGCUGGCUUCUCAUCCUCUCCAAGGAGUCCUCCCUGGAUCUGCACGGAGACAACGCCAACCUGCCAGUGCGAGUCGUCAUUGCUCUGGUCUACCUGGUGGUGUGCGUCCUGGGGCUGGUGGGGAACCUCCUGGCGCUCUUCCUGCUCCACUCCCGCCGCCGGGGUCACCACCACUCCGCCAUCGACUGCUUCGUGAUGAGCCUGACCAUCACAGACCUCCAGUUCGUCCUGACCUUGCCCUUCUGGGCCGUGGACACCGUGCUGGACUUCCGCUGGCCCUUCGGCCGCGUCAUGUGCAAGAUCGUGAGCUCGGUGACCACCAUGAACAUGUACGCCAGCGUUUUCUUCCUCACKGCGAUGAGCGUGACCCGGUACCACUCCCUGGUUACGUCCCUGAAGAUGAGCAGCCCAAGGAUCGCCAUGGCCCGCGCCAAGUGGGUCAGCUCGGCCAUUUGGGUGGUCUCUCUGGUGGCCACGCUGCCCCACGCUUUCUACUCCACCACCGUUCAGGUGUCUGCAGAUGACGAGCUCUGCUUAGUUCGGUUUUCAGACUCUGACUCAGGUCACUGGGAUCCCCAGGUUUUGCUCGGGCUCUACCAAACACAGAAGGUCCUUCUGGGAUUUGUAGUUCCCCUGAUCAUCAUCUCUGUGUGCUACCUCCUCCUGCUGAGGUUCAUCCUGAGCCGGCGCAUCGUUGGCAGCUCGGUCGGCAGCGGCAGCGGCACGGACAAGUCGGAGCACGAGAGAGGACGCCACCGCAAGCGCUCCAAAGUCACUCGUUCCGUCACCAUCGUAGUCCUGUCCUUCUUCGUCUGCUGGCUGCCGAACCAGGCUCUCACCCUGUGGGGGGUGCUCAUCAAGUUCGAYCUGGUGCCCUUCAGCAAGGCCUUCUACAACGCCCAGGCUUAUGCCUUUCCGCUGACUGUGUGUCUUGCCCAUGCCAACAGCUGUCUCAACCCAGUGCUCUACUGCCUGAUCCGAAGAGAGUACAGGACCGGACUGAAGGAGCUCCUUCUGAGAGUUUCUCGUAACGCMCGGAACGUUCUUUCUCUGGCUCUGAGAGGAAGGAGAGUGGAGGAGGCACCUCCCAGCACGGUUGUGGUGCACAAAGACAUCAAUAUGUGAUUUAUUCUGUUUCUUAGACGAUUGGGAAAGCUGUGAUUACAUUUUUUUUUUUAUUAUGAAGAGAAUAUCUGAACAACAAACAAAACCUAAUUUGUCAAUAGGCCUUAGGGGUUGACAGUGUAUUUUGUUAACUUUGGAGACAGCCAGGCUCUUUGAUUUCCCCCACUCUCAUCUCGUCCUCGUCUGUUGGUGCCUGACAUUUCAAAUAGGUCUCAUAGCAGCUUGUGAAACAAUAACUGGUUUAAUAUUGAAGUUAGAUAAUUCAAGCUAAAAUUGGGCUUAGCGAGAGGGAAACAAUCUGGUCUCAAUUAUAAAAGAAAUGCCCAGCUAACGUAUUUAGAGCUAAUUGGCAUCACCAGCGGAAGUGUCAUUACCAAGCGUUUUUCUUUUUGCAAGCCAGUGAUUACUGACAACAAGUUAUGCUUUCGURAAAACAUUGGAGCUGCAUGUUGUGGACACACAAACUGUCAAAAGCUUACAGGGACAUCUAAAUAUUGCAUUUGUCGCCAUUAUUAACGUCUGUCCAAAGUGGAUUUUUAGAAAAGAAAACACAGGAUGUKUUAAAGUUAUCUUCUCAAACAAAAAGACCUCAAAAAUUGGCCUAAAAAAAUAUAGGAUUUUGAUUUACUAUCAGGGACAGAACUGAACGAAGAUCUAAGGUAGUUAUAGGAGACAGCCACCUUAUAAUUUUUUUAUGAUUGCAGUAUAGUAUCAGCCACUAGGGAUGUCCUGAUCAGGAGCAGUGAGUGUGUUCAUUCACAUUGCAUGUGCUGCAGUAUCUUUCUUCCUGAAAGCUACAGAUUUCUUCUUUUUUUUUACCAACUAGGGUUCCUGUUGGAUAGCGACGACAGAAAGCUAGCGACUAGCUAGGUUAGCUAAUGAUCUGAUAUUGCAGUAGRUCCCUUUCUUCAAUUAAUUGCACCGCUCAAUUCAUAUUUUACUGAAAUAUUAGGCUAACACUAGCAUGUUUGCUCCCUGWSUUGACACRACUUGUAGACUAUUUAGGUAGAGACCCGAGUGUUGUUCCAGUUACACUUGUGGACAGCCUGUGUUAUAUUUUAAACACYGUAAUGAACGGAAAAGACAUUUUGACUUUCAAAGAAAAGCYGUGUUUGUUAUGUCAACAUAAUCRACUGUACAGCCGGUAACAUAUUUUUGUAGAUCAUUCACACAAAAACAACUUAAUCGCAGAAAUGCAGGCUGAUCUCGGGGGCCGCCACGUGGCAGAUCAAGCACAAAGUUGCCAUAUUUUUCUGGAAUACAAUUUAGCUAUAAAACUGAGUGAGGUGACAGAUAAAGCRCCAUCUCUGCUGUUGAUUUACAGUAAGAACAAAAGAUGAAAUGAUCAAACCCACAGUUUUCCGUUAUAAAGAAAAUCAAAUUCGGUGAUUUAGAAGCGACAUUUGUUCAGUGUUUACUGAUCCAGACUUAUAUAGUGUGUGUAUCGCACUCUAUGAAUAAAUUGUUUCGCAAGA